UCUAGAAAGCAUGUUUGUUCUAAGAAUGGACAGGCACGUGUAACACUUCAAAUUCAUGCACUUUCACAUAUCUAAAUAAAAACCAAAUUUUGUUGCACAUGUUUCGUCAAUAACACUAAUCUAAUUUUUAAAAGCCAUUUUAAAUAAUUGAACUUGACUGUAUGAACACAUUUUACCAGUCUAAGAUUAAAUGUCCAAAAUAUGAAUAUAGGUACUUUCAUUAAUUCAAAGAAAUGUAUAAACAUCUUCUUCCGAUAUGUAAUCUACUUGGACAGGAAAGACUGUAUACCAGCGUGCAGGUACACCCUUACUUUAUGGUACUUGUAGGGAUCCUUUUCUUAAAUGAUAGAAAAUUGGAUUAAAUAUUCCGUUAAUCUACCCGGCCCAAUGCAUAAUUAGCCCCCAAAAUAAUCUAUGUAUUUGAGAAAUAUGUAGCUUUGUUUUUCUUUAAAUCUAGAAAUAAUUACACACCGAUAAAAAUUUCAUAAUGUCUUGAUCCGUGCCCAAUUCUAUAAAUAACUAUAUAGGUUUGAUCGUUGGAUACGAGGAAGUUCGUUCUUCAACUUCUUGCACCUGGAUGUUCUAAACUAAACAUAGUGAAUUUCCCAAUUUACAGAGUAAAGAAAAGAAAUAAAUCAAAUAUUGAUAAGACCAAUCUACAGUCUCAGAUGAUCAAGAAUUUGGCGAAUGGAGACUGAUUGGGAAAAUCUAACGGAUCCAAUUCUGCUUUCAGUGUUCUCUUUUUUGGACAAACAUGAAUUGAACAGCAUAUGCAGAACGUGCAAGAACUGGUAUCGCAUAGCACAGGAUGAAAGCCUAUGGAAAAGAUUGAUUUUUAGAAACUUUGGCUGCCGGUACUCUCGACAUGAUGAAAGCUGGAAGUCGGAAGUGAAGCGCCUGACUUACCACGUACCGAAACGUCUUCAUCAAACGUGCCUCGGUCACGUGGAUGAAAUUUAUUACGUCUGUUUCUCCAACAGCGGUAAGCUCAUUGCCACCUGUGGAGCAGACGGCAACGUAAAGGUGUGGCAAUAUGGCAACAGCACGGAACUUUUACAUUCCCGACAAGUCCUUGAUCCGCCAUCAUAUGCCAAUUACGUUGAAUUCAAUGAAGCUGAAACGCAAGUCCUUGUGAACUGUAAUGUGAGAGUAAACGGAGGCCUGCAAGCCACAUUGGCAGUUCUUUCCAUUGAGAAAGGUCUAGCAAUAGUAGCGGCAAGGAAUUCAUGGUUUCCUAACUUUAGAGGAACGUGGCUACACAAUGACACCUUUUUAAUUGCGGACGUACUAGCUUUUUUCUUUUCCAAUGCCAAUGUGAAACUUGUCGCUUGUACGUUUUACGAUGAUUUGGAUGACCCUGUUCUUUUGGAUCGCCCUCUUGGCGAACAUCUGGAAGACGACAAUGUGGAAUUAAGGCCGAUCUUAGAAAUGGAACACGACGAGGAGUAUCGACCUCAUUUUGUGAAGGUCAUCGAGUGGUCAAAAUGGAAUCAGGAUAAUUUAAUCGAACACGAUCCAAAUUCCAAUCUAAAUGAGAAGGUGAUUAUCCUAUUCCAGGAGAGUUUGGAGUUGGACAUAGUGCAUAGAGUAGUAUUCUACAAACUGGACGUGGACUGUGAAGUUCCAAAUGUUGCAGAACCAAUUAAGAUAAUCGUUAUCAAUAGUGGUUGUAUGGGGGUUCAGCUCUCUGCAGAUCACAGAGACAUAGUGUACAACUUUAGGAGGAUUUAUGUUGCUGGUGAUAACAGCUGCCAUGAAAAAGAUGUCCACACAAUGGCGAUAAACUUGGCCAGUACCGAAGAGAAACCGGAAAUCUUUACAGAAAACAAAGCUUUGGAGGAGUCCUCCACUUUGUUUUACUUCUUUCCUAGUAUAUCGUCUGAUUUCAUAGCAAGCGGUUCAGAACAAGACGUUGCUUUUCUUUGGGAUCGUCACUCGAAACUGGUCAUCGCUCAAUUACCUCACAAACUUUCUGAUCCGAACGCACAAAAUGGCGUGAAUGGUGUUGCCUUUCACCCGCAUGACCAGGAGGUCUUAGUCAGUGUAGCAGACGACUGCAAAGUUAGGAUAUGGAUGUCUGCAAAUAGGGAAAACCACUUAGAAUAGAAAUUUCAUUUCAUAAUACUCACAUUACCCAUUGUUCCAAUUUUUCUAUGAUUAAAUAUGUCGCUAUGUCAGUAAAACAACUUAUUAAAACGAACUUCAUGUUUAUAUUAGGUA